CCUCAGUGCCUUGGAGGUGGGAUGUGGCAGCCCCUGGGAUCGGGAAUUGGGGCGGAAUUCCCCCCAGGAUGGCAGAGACUGGGAAGGACAACGUGCCGUGGAUCCCUCGCUGCUGGGGGGGCUCGUUCCUGGAGCCUCCCCAGUCCAAAGCACUUUCCCGGGUCGGAUUGUCCUUGUUCCCUGUGGGAAGAGCAGAGGCAAAUCCCUGCUCCUCUGGGAACGAGGGGGAGCUGGGAAGACUCAGGUGGGGCUUCCCAGCACCUCCUGUUCCUGCUGGGACUGGGGAGAAGGGGCUGGAGCCGCCCUUGGAUGUGCCAGGCUGGAAUUGUGUCAGGUCCUGUCCCUCAGGGAGGGCGGGAGAGCAGCAGAUUCCUGGCUCUGCCUCCCCUUCCCUCCUCCAAACCUGGAGCCUCCAUGGAUCUCCUGGACUUUGUGUGGCUGAGGGUGACCUUGAGCUGCUCUCCCUGCCCUUCCAGGAGCCUGAUCCUGCAGGGAAAGGGCAUGGAAGUGGGAUCUGGCAGCACACACAGAUCCUGCUGCUUCCCAAAGAAACUUCUGAGCCGAGAGCCCAGAUGGGGCUGGGGGUGGAGGGAGGUCCAGGACCCUCAGCCUCAUCCAGGGGGAUCCAGGACUCUUGGCCUUAUCCAGGGGAGGUCUGGGACCCUCAGCCUUAUCCAGGGGUGUUCCAAGACCUUUGGCCUCACCCAGGGGGAUCCAGGACCCUCGGCCUCCCCAGGGCCGGACCCUGUGCAGGAUCAGGAGCCACAUCCAGCAGCUCCACCCUGUGAUGCCUUUGGAGUCCCCUCACACAGAGCAGGGACUGUGGAGCCUCUUCCCAGCAGGAGUUGGGAGCUGUGUCCUGUUCCAGGGGCUCUGGGAUGUUUUGGAGCCGCUGCUUCUCUCGUUCCUGGUGUAGAAACGCUUUAUUUUCUUCCAAAGACACUUAUUUUUGCAGCCAUUUGAGGUUUGUGUUUUAUGUCCUGUGAAGAGGAACCUUCCCCCUGCAGCUCCUGCCUGGUGGUCACAGGGGGGGCUUGGGGGGUUAUUUUUUGCAAAUGCUGGGAAUGCCGGUGCCAAGGAAACAAAAUAAACACUUCAAGCAUCCAAA